GCCAUGGCUUGGCCAUCACAAUUUUUACUUACUUUUUGACAGGUAAUAAACAGGAAAGUGAUGGUUUUCAGUAUGAAGUUACUAAUUAUGACUGUGCUAUUUUACUAUGGGAGUUGUGAGGACAAGGUGACUGUGAGGGAGCCCCCCGCGCUCCCCGCGACCCCGCCAACAGGAUCAUCGGGGGACAACCCACCACCGUCAGGAGAUACCCUUACAUGGCGUAUUUAAAUACGUCAUUUUAUAUGAUGCAUGGUCAGUGGCUGCUGGGGGGUUUCUGUGGGGGCGUGAUACUCACACAGCACCACGUGCUCACCGCUGCGCACUGCUUACAUAGAAAAAUCAAUGACACUACAGCUGCUACUAGAACUACCAUCUUGAGGGCAUCUAAAGUUGUCAUUCGCGUCGGAUCCACCUACAAUGACCGCGGAGGCUCAGAGCAUGCGACAUCCAAGACCGUGGUCCACGAGGACUACAAAUAUUCGAAGAGUAAAGACAACGACGUGGCAGUGUUGGUGCUGCCGACCAGUAUAAGCAACUACCGGAGCAGCUCGGUGCAGCCAGCCGCCAUCCCCCCGGGGGGGUAUGUGGUCCCGGACAACGCGUCUGUGGUAGCUGUCGGGUGGGGACAGACUGAUAUGAACUGCAGCAAGUCAACCCCCCUCGGCCUGCGGCACGUGGGGCUGCGCACGGUGGACCGAGACACCUGCGCCGCGCGUUAUCCGAGAUUAUUCUCAUACAACAACAUGCUCUGCGCGGGGCUGCUUGGUGUUGGAGGAGCUAGUACUUGCAAGGGUGACUCAGGUGGUCCCUUGGUGUACAACGGGGUAGUGGUUGGGGUGACCUCAUUUGGGAAGUUAUGCGACACUUACUUUUACCCUGAUGUGUCUACGCGCGUCUCUAGCUACACCGACUGGAUCAACAACACUGUAAGUCAAAACCAGGUUGUGGUUGUGCACAAGAACAGUCACAACACCGCUGUGGCAGCUGACGUCACCAGUUUGAUGCUACUCGCCUUCGCAACGUCAAUUUGGAUAAUAUAUUCCAAAAUCUCAUGAAUUUUUUAAGUAAGUACCUACAGAAGAUAAUUUUAGUGUCUAAAUUUAAACACAUUAUAAUUUAAGUUAUUUUGUAAUAUAUGUAUAUUUAAAAAGUGGCUUUUUAGGUAAAUACUCAUGUAAGUUUUGCAUUUCUGUUUAUAAUGUUUUUCUUUUCUUAUUAUAGGUACAUAUAGAAUGUUGCCGGAGUGGUAGGUAUAUAUAGUUACCUGAAAAGGGGUGACUCAGACUCAUUCUGAGCAACUUUUGUUAGAUAGUUUAACGUGAUGAUGACU